CUUGUGCUGCCGCCGCCCUGGGGCAAAUCCAAUUGGCAACGUUUUGUCGUACGCGGAGGUGUUAUUUUGGCAGUGCCAAGACGGCUUGCACCACCUCCGUUGCAUUUCCAACGCCCUUCUGUCUCUGGAUGCGGUCUAGGGGCUUCGUGCCAUGCGGCGCCAUUCGCUGACUACGCAGCUUCGUCGCUUGGUGCCUGACUGGCUGUUGAGGGCCGCUGCAGUAUGCGAUGCGGCAUGUACAUGUUGCGGCCCCGUAAUUUUGGGAGCCUCAAGGAGGACUCCUGCAUCACAUGUAGGUUGCGGGCGGGUCUUCCGCUUGCCUCUGCACCUCCCAAGGAGCGUCCAUGGCCGCGUCCAGCAGCCUGUCGACGCCGCGGGGGGUGCGGUCGGGCACAGUGAGCUCGCCCUGCCCGAUGACCCCCUGUACGCCCUGCACGCCCACACAGCCAGUGUGGCAGAUGAAGUGCGACGCGGCGCACGCGAGGUGCCCCUUCCCGUGCAGCUACGCGCUGCACCAGAGCAGCAAAGGCGAGGACCGGCUCGUGCUGGACUGCCGCGGGCAGAGCGCCCUCUGGGCGGUCUUCGACGGCCACAUCACGCAGAGCGUGGCCGGGCUGUCGCAGCGCGAGUUCCCGGAGCUCGUAUGGUCGAGCGCGUGUUGGCCCGAGAACCCCAGGGAGGCGCUCCGCGACGCGCUCCUCAGGUGCAACGAACGCGCUCGGCAGGACCCGAGAAGCUCCUGGGCGGCAGCACCGCCGUCGCCGUUGUCGCCUCGGGCGCGACGAUUUGCUGCGCCUCCCUUGGCGACUCGCGCGCCGUCGCGGGGAUGCGUGGCGGCGCCUGGAAGCGGCUUAGCGUGGAUCACGUGACCACGUCGCCGGAGGAGGCCAAGCGUGUCCAGGCUCUGGGCGGCUGCUUGGAGUGGGGGCGCCUCGGCAACCUGCCGAUGACGCGGGGGCUCGGCAACUUCAACCUGGAGGCUGAUGGCUUCACCUGCGACCCAGACGUGAUAGAGGUGCCACGUCGCGAGGUGGAGUUUGUUGUGCUUGCCUCUGACGGCUUGUGGGAUGUGCUGUCGGAGAAGCACUGCUGCCAGAUGGUGCACGACAGGGGCCCGGCCGGCGUGCACGGGGACAUGGCGAAGGAGCUGGCCGAGCACGCGCGCCUGAUGGGCAGCACCGACGACAUCGCGGUCGUGGUGGCGUACUUCCCUCCCGAAGGCGUUGUUACCAGUUCGAUUGGGGGAUCGUGACGUGAUCGCGGGCUCCAGUUCAAAAAGUCCUGUGCUAGCAUGUGUUCUGCCACGCCGACUGUACAGCGGGUGGCAGAGUUUCUUCAGGACCGUUCUGGUGUUCUCUUCCGUAGUGAGGGCUGGUUUCGGACGUAGUUUUAAGUCGCCAGUCGGCGUGGUGCGUCUUUCUCUCUCUCUCUCCUUCUAUCUCGGUCUCCUGCAUGGCUGUCCUUCACGUCUUGAACUGGUGCCUGCCUGGACGCCUGGCACGCCCCGUGCGAAUUUUAUGGUGAUCUGGUCCCACGUUCGCACGUGAAUUCAGGAGAGUGUACAGCCACUCGCAAAUUCAGAGGGACGGGCUCACUAGCUCGUGACGCGAGGCGCCGUCACGGCCAAGUCCCUGCGAA